AUGAGGUCACUAAGCCUUCUAUCACAGUCUAGCCUUCGGCAUUCUGAGUCUCUCACCGGUGAUCAUGCAUGCUUGCAUGUUAAUCCAGAGACCAAUGACGUUUACUUGGCCGGAUUAGAAGAUACAGAGUAUGUGUUGUCGAAAAUUGUAUACAUUCAGGAUGGGUCUACACUUAAACCUUACAAACAACAAAUAUUGGGAUUCCCCGCAGAGGAGAUCGUGGAUAUACAUUUUCUGAUUGACACUCAGACUGUCUGUAUUGCCUUUGCUAAAGGAGCUAUUGGCGUGAUUGAUGGUGAUCAGUAUGAUGUCGUAGGAGAAGUCGAAUCUGGAAUAAGGUGUAUGGAAUGGAGUCCUGAUGAAGAGUUAGUUAUCAUUGUAAGCGGUGUCGGCACUAUCAUGAUAAUGACAAAAGACUUUGAUGUGAUUACCGAGUUUCCUGUUAAUGUCGAUGAGGAGGGUGAAGCUGCACCAAUAUCCCUCGGCUGGGGUAAGAGAGAAACACAAUUUCAUGGUUCAGAAGGCAAACAGGCAGCACAGGUCAAGUUUGAUGUCUCGAAAUACACCAAGUCACCGGACGACGAUAUGAAAACACGGAUAUCUUGGUGUGGAGAUGGAAGCCUUUUCUGUUGCUCUGAUUACGACUCCACGAAAGGAAGGAGGAUAAUACGAGUAUAUAACAGGGAAGGAGUAUUACAGAAUACUAGUGAGCCAGUUGAUCAGUUAGAACACAUUUUAUCAUGGCGUCCCGCCGGAAACUUGAUAACUUCAUCACAGCGCCUUCCUCAUCGUCAUAUAAUCUGUUUCUUCGAACGCAACGGAUUACGACAUGGUGAAUUUGUAUUACGCGAAACCGGAGAACAUAGAUUAGUCGAAGUCGCGUGGAAUUGCGAUUCGACUGUUCUUGCUGUCUGGCUGGUGAGAAAAGAGGGAACCUCAUCAGUGCAGUUGUGGAGUAUGAAUAAUUAUCACUGGUACCUGAAGCAAGAAAUCAAUAGUAGUGCAGACGAUCAAAUUGCUGCUAUUCAAUGGGACACUGAGAUUUCGUUGAGAUUGUAUUUGGUUACAAAAUCCGCCUAUCAUCGGUUGGACUACUCGUGGAAGGUUUUCUGUUCACCGAUACUAUCUCCGCAUAACAAUGCAGCAAUAGCCGUGAUUGAUGGAUCCUCACUGCUCCUAACUCCAUUCAAACACAUGAACGUUCCACCACCAAUGAGCGCGUUUGCACUCUCCCUCCCUGCUCCGGCAUCUUAUGUUUCAUUUGGGCCGUUUGAUAGAUGCAAUGAUUUUAGCGUUCUUCUCAAUAAUUCUCAACUUGCUCUUUUCGACUGGACUAUGGAAUCAAACCAACCGCACUCGCCACCAAUAGAAACAGGAAUGGUUGACUUGAGCGAAUAUGAAAGUAUUAGACAAGUGUUAUGGAAGGAUCAAAAGACUUUUGUAUUUGUGAAUGCACCUGGCAUCGAGGACAAGGAGGAAAUUGUCAUGAUCAGAAUAGAUAUUGGGGAAAAGCAAGGGCAAGAUGACGAGGAAAAAACUAAAAAGCUAAUGGUGGUAGAAAGAUUCGUUUUAAAGUUGGAGAAGAGCGUGGUUAGGUUGUGGAAGAGUGGGUCCUUGGAGAGAGUGUUUAUCGAAGAUUUUGAUGGUGAUGUAUAUGAAGUCCUCUUCAACACAGAAACCUCGCCAACAUCCAUAUCACUCUCGUCACUCGUAACACACCUUCCUGAACCAUGCCCAUAUGUCGCAUCUAUCGAUCUGCCAACAAGCACGGAAACCCCAAUCAUAAUAGCUCAGAGUGAACGCAACAAGUUAUACGCAAAUGACCGAUUAAUUGCGGCAGACUGUACGUCCUUCUUUAUCCACAACAAGUUUCUUAUAUUUACUACGCUAAAUCACCAUGCACGGUUUCUGAGUAUAAGUACGGAUGAUGAGAUUAAAGAGCUCGGAAAAACGGUUUUGGUGACGUCACCAAAUGUGAAAGACGAAACAACGAGACGCGUUGAAAGAGGGUCAAAAAUAGUCAUUGCUGUCCAAUUCGGUACAUCGUUAAUACUGCAGAUGCCUCGUGGUAAUUUAGAAACCAUUCAUCCUCGCCCUCUGGUUCUCUCUACUGUAUAUGCUUCCCUCGAUGCGCUCGAUUACCGCCCUGCACUCUUGUCUUGCCGCAAACAUCGCUUAGAUCUCAAUAUCAUUCAUAACUAUGCGCCUCAGAUAUUCCUACAGAAUAUCGGAAAGUUUGUAAGAGAUGUUGAUAAGACAGAUUUAUUUAAUUUAUUUUUAUCCAGUUUGAGUGGUGACUCUAGUACAGUAAAUACAAUAUGCGAUACUAUUCGCGGAGUACUCGAGUCUGCUGAUUUCAAAAGGUAUAUACAGCCGAUCCUCACUACUUAUGUAAAGAAGACACCGGCUGACCUUGAGGGUGCACUGAAUGUGUUGGCUGAUAUAAAACAAAAAGAUUCGGCCUUGGCAGAAUCGGCAUUAAAGUAUAUGAUAUUUCUUGCCGAUGCUGAUCGAUUAUACGACAUUGGACUGGGAAUGUAUAAUUUUAGCCUUGUGUUGAUGGUCGCUCAACAGUCACAGAAAGAUCCUCGAGAAUAUCUUUCAUUCCUGACCGAAAUUCAAAAGCACGAUAAAUAUUAUCAACGGUUCAAAAUAGACGAUUAUCUUAAACGACACGAGAAAGCAGUGAGAAAUUUAGCAUUGGCUGGAGACAAGCAUUUUGAUGAAUGUUUAAAGUAUACGCAAAGGCAUGGACUCUAUUUGACUGCACUUGAAUCGUUUGAGAAAAAGAGCGACAAGUACAAGGCUGUAAUGGCUCUAUAUGGCGAUUACCUUACGUCAGAACACAAGUAUGAAGAGGCUGGAGUUGCAUACAAGUUAUCAGAAACUCCUCGCAAAGCUCUCGAGGCAUACAAGGCAGCGGGCUCAUGGCGAGAAGCUAUCAUAAUUGCUCAACAACUACAAUUUUCACCGGAUGACAUAUUGGACCUUUCUAGAGAAAUUUCCGAGAUAUUGGUUGAGAAGAGACAAUAUGCAGAUGCAGCAAGAGUGCUUUUAGAUUAUACAGGGGAUCCCGAAGAGGCCAUACCUUUACUCGGUAAAGGUUAUCAAUGGAGCGAAGCCAUUCGUAUCUGUCAACUACAAAAUCGACGAGAUUUGAUAGAAACACACGUAAAACCAAGCAUAAGUGAAGGCUACGAACAUGUUAUAGAAGAUAUAACAGAGAUGUCGGCUCAAUUCCAUAAACAAACCAAGAGACUUGUUGAACUUAAAGAAAAGCGAAUGACACAUGAAGAAG